AUGGGAAACUACAGCAGACAUGAAGAUUUCCUCCUCUUGGGCUUUCUGCUGGGACCCGAAGUGAGGAUUCUGGUGGCAUUGAUCCUCAUAGCUGUCUAUCUCUUGACCCUGUUUGGUAACAUGACAAUUCUGUUCAUUAUUGUCAAUACGAACCGCCUUCACACACCCAUGUACUUCUUCCUUGGCAACCUCUCUGUCCUGGACCUUGCUUUUUCAACAGUGACUGUUCCCAAUUUUCUGAAGAACCUCCUCUCUGGUAUCAAGACUAUCUCUUUUGUGGGUUGCAUGGCCCAAGCCUACUGCUACUUCUUUCUGGGCACUGUGGAAUAUUUCCUGUUGACCUGCAUGUCCUACGACCGCUAUGUCGCCAUAUGCAACCCCUUGCGCUAUCCUGCCAUCAUGAAUAGCCAUGUUUGUGUCCAGGCAGUGUCGUUUUGCUGGCUGGGUGGGUUUUUCUCUGUCCUUUACCCAACCAUCAUAAUCACCCAGUUGUCUUAUUGCAAGUCCAACAUCAUUGACCACUUUUUCUGUGACAGCGAACCUCUACUGAAACUUUCAUGUAGUGACACACACUUGGUAAGGCUAAUGGCUUUUGUGCUCUCAUCCUUAGUCAUUCUCUGCUCCUUGGUCUUAACAGUUAUCUCCUACGCUUACAUUGUGUCUGCCAUUUUGCGCAUACCCACAGGGAUAGGCCGGCAGAAGGCCUUCAACACAUGCGCUUCCCACCUUACCUUGUUCCUUAUGACCACCAGCGUUUCCAUCUUACUGUACGUGAUUCCGUCUGAGAAGUCUUCUUUAGGGGCUCGUAAAGUCCCAGCUCUUCUCAGCAGUAUUGUCAAACCAUUUCUGAGUCCUUUUGUAUACACCCUGAGAAAUGAUUUAGUCAAAGGGAUCCUGGGAGAGAUUUUUGGCCAGGGGAAGACAAUAGUGGCUCAAAGAUUGCAGAAGUUACUGCCCUGUCAGAUUUAA